CGCCCGGAGGACUGUGUCCCUCGUCGCGCGCCGUCCACCGGCGAGCGCCUGCGCGGGACGCGCGCGGGACGGACGGGCAUGGCGUUCCGGCAGGCGCUGCAGUUGGCCGCCUGCGGCCUGGCCGGAGGCUCGGCCGCCGUGCUCUUCUCGGCCGUGGCGGUGGGGAAGCCGCGCGCUGGAGGGGACGCGGAGCCGCGCGUGGUCGAGGCGCCGGCGUGGGCGGGGUCCGCGCGCCCCGGGCCGGGCGUCUGGGACUCCAACUGGGACAGGCGAGAACCGCUGUCCCUGGUGAACCUGCGGAAGAGGAACCUGGAGUCUGGGGAAGAAGAACUGGCCUCCAGGCUGGACCACUACAAAGCCAAGGCCACGCGACACAUCUUCCUCAUCAGGCACUCCCAGUACCACGUGGAUGCCUCCCAGGAAAAGGAGCGCACGCUGACGCCCCUGGGUCGUGAACAGGCUGAACUAACUGGGCUCCGACUUGCAAGCUUGGGCUUGAAGUUUAAUAAAAUUGUCCAUUCGUCCAUGACCCGUGCCGUCGAAACCACUGAUAUCAUCAGCAAACACCUGCCAGGGGUCUCCAAGGUCAGUACAGACCUGCUGCGGGAAGGUGCCCCCAUCGAGCCCGACCCGCCCGUGUCCCACUGGAAGCCGGAGGCUGUGCAGUAUUACGAAGACGGGGCCCGGAUCGAGGCCGCCUUCCGGAACUACAUCCACCGGGCGGACGCCAAGCAGCAGGAGGACAGCUAUGAGAUCUUCAUCUGCCACGCCAACGUCAUCCGCUACAUCGUGUGCCGGAUUACGGACUCACGGAUCUUUAGUUGGCGCCGUGGGUCGCACCGCAUCGGCGUAUCGCUGAUCUGGCCGCCCCAGCGUUGGUGGCUGGGCCUCACUUCCUGGCACUACAGCAGGUUCCAGAGCGCCCAUGAGUGACGCCUGCCCCGAGGCACAGCUGUGUCACAGGGUGCUGGUUAGGCUGGCUGGGUGCUUACGUGUUUGGCCAAAGCUCACUUAGUGCAAAACGUGACACAGCUGUAAGCCCAGCCCCCCCCCCCCCCGCCCCCCGGAUCCACUAGAAAAUACGUGUCACACAUUUUAGCAGCUGAGGGAUUUCCCCUUCUCAUAAGAUGACAAGUGUGGCAGCAGCAGGACAGGACACAGCCCGGCCAGCUGGCCUGUGGUGCCGUCUAAACCUACGCCCGGGGUCUCUGCUGACCCCGCUUGACCCUCAGGCCUGUCACCAGGGCCACCGGGGUGGGAGUGUGUAUGGCCUCUGGUGAGAAGCUCAGGCAUCCGGGGCAGAUGGAGGGUGGCUUGAGACAGGGCUCCGCACCCUCCAGCCGAAGUGCCCUUCAGCAGGCGUAGUCUGGGGGCCCCUGUGCACAGCACUUUCCCCUGCGCCCUCCUGUCUGCUGCUCUGGGCGCGCGUCCAUCAGCCGCGUGCGAACGCCAUGUUACAACACGGCCUGGGACAGGCUGACCUACGCGGCCACCAGGAAGUGACCCCAGUGCUGAAAACACAGAAGUAAUCGGGGACUUGGCGUAAAAGUGGUCUGUGUGACAAAGGGCUGGAGGGAGCCGGAGCAUCCCUGUCAGAGGACGUGAGGGCCCUGCGGGGCCUGAGGGCGUGUGGACAAGACUCAAAAGCAGCACCAAAGUAGCUCUCCCCGAGGCUGUUGGCCGCAGGGCGAGGUGAACCGUGGUGAUGCCGCUCAUCCACUGGGAUAUUCUGGACACGAAGGCGAUCUGACGAUUCAAAGGGAAGCCUUUAUGACCCUGGGCUUUUCGGCAACUGUUGAGCCAGAAAGCGUUUCUCAGAACGAGAAGACCCUGCUCCAAGGGUUGGGAUUACUUCACCGUGUUCCUGGUGGAGAGCGGGUCAGGAGUGGGUCCUUUGCACCGUUAUGGUGGCCCUGCCCCCUCCUGGUUACACUGGCAGGAGGUCAGCCACACUCACCUGUAGAAAUGGUGUGUUUCUGACUCCCAUGCACCUCCUGAACUGGGUCGGCCCCCUGAGCUCAACGGGUAGGCAUCUGCUCAGUGCCUCCCUCCUCUGAGGAACUCCUUGCUUAGAAACGGGAGGGACAGACCUACGUGUGUGGGUCUCAGCUCUGGAAAGGUCUGAGGGUUGACCAAGCCCCCCGUUCCAGCACAUUCUUUCUC